AUGAGCUCGACGGUGUCGACUCUGCUGUCCUUCCUGUUUGUAGGGGCGCUCUGGGGAUGUACCAACCCGCUUAUUAAACGAGGAAGCGAUGACAACGUUAUCUAUACUCGAAAGGACAAUAGCGUCGGGGAAUUCGCUAAGCAACUUGUGGGACUGGUGAGGAACUGGCAGUUUGUGUUGCCUUUCGCUCUGAACCAGAGUGGAUCUGUCGUCUACGUCUACCUGCUCGGCUCAGCAGACAUCUCGAAUGCUGUACCCAUUUGCAACUCGCUGACAUUCGUGUUCACGGCCAUCACAAGUCGUCUCCUUGGGGAGAAGCCUCAGCGCCCUGCCUCCACUUACACCGGCAUGGUGCUUAUUCUUCUGGGUGUGGCCAUUUGCUUCAACAGCAAGCAAGGCAUGUCCUCGCCAUAG